AUGAAGGACCAAGAUUUUGAUAUCCCAGAAGAAGUUCUCAACUUAUCCACAGGUUGUUGGAUCAAAAAGAAUGGAAAGUUAUUCCAAAAAUUGUUGCGUGAAGGUUAUAAAUAUACUAAAGACCUUUCACAUUAUUUAGAUGAUGUUCUGCUAAUAGAUCUAAAUGAAUAUGCGAAAAUGAGAGAUAUAUGUAAAAGAUACCCUAUUUCUGUAAGUACUGCUGUGGAAGGAGGAAUGUGUCUAUUUGCUAUAGAAAAAAAUAGAUGA